UGUUCUCAGAUCAUGCUAAUUUUAGCGAACAUCUGCGGAUCAUGAUCGGUGUCGGAUCAAUUGGAGCAUCUCUAACAAUAACUGAGCCUUAAGUCUGGAGGGGGCCCACCUGAUAACCCUAAAGAAGAGAAUACCCCACCUCCACUGAAGUGAAGAAAACAGGAAGUAGUGAUUAUAAGUAGAUGGAUAAGAAUGCCCAGUGAAGUUCUAUGUGCUCAACUGAACCACCCAUAACAACAUCUAAAUUUAAAUAGCCAAUGAAAAGCAACUUAGAAGGUAUGACGGCAUUGGCUGUUUCUCUCUAUUCAUUGGGUUGUAUUUAUGUAUCGCAUUGCGUUGUGUAAUCUCAGAACACUAGGUGUGCAUGAAAAAAGGCAAAUCCUGUGUCACUUUGGUUUUCUGGAAUUGUUUAACCUUUCUUGACCCACAACUUCCUCGAGUAAUUUUAAGUGGACUCGCAAACAUCUUGUUUUUAACAUAAUUGACAAUUUCAGUCCAUGACCAAAAAGGAUGUUUAGAUAAUGGUGCCGGAAUUGGUAAUUAGACACAAAAGAUACAUAUAAAUGUGUAUAAACCAGCCACUUCUAUGUUAACAUGGCUUAUAACAACUCAACACAAUCUGGAGGGUUAGGGUCAUUGAAACAGAUCUCUCGCAAGGUCAUAAUUGUACAGGUUCUGAUUGCAAUUUUUCUGUACCUCAACUGUCUGCUCCUCACAACCUUUUUCAAGAAGGACGUUUUCCGCUCCAGCAUGCGCUACAUCUUCUUUGCCUAUACCCUGAUGUCGGACUGCAUGUACCUAAUGGUGACUGACAUUCUGCUACUAUUGUCGUUUUAUCGAAUUGUCAUGCAAAUUUGGCUCUGUAUUCUCUUCCUAAUAGUAGGGACUGCAUACAAUUUAAUAUUUCCUUUAACACUGACAUUGAUGACUCUUGAGCGUUAUGUGGCCAUAUGCAUGCCUAUGCAGCACGGGGCCUUAUGCACCCCGCGCAACGCUCUGCACUAUAUUCUGAUAGUCAAUGCUAUCAGCCUCUUACCCAUCAGCAUCUCUCUCUUGAUCUACUCGGCCUCAGUGCCUGUCAGCAUGUUAUCAGAGGAUUCGGUGUGCACGGUUGAAAUGCUCAUCAUUCACAGAUGGCAGAGUCAUUACUGGUCGGCCAUAAUUCAGUUAUACUUUGUCAUCAUGUUUGUCAUCGUUAUGUUCUGUUAUGUUCAAAUCUUAAAAGCAGCCAGGAAAGCAUCAGGAGAGACUAAGAAAUCCUCAGGGAAGGGACUCAGAACGGUACUCCUUCAUGGCUUUCAGCUCCUUCUCUGCCUUACUCGGCUGUGGUGCCCUUUGGUUGAAGCUGCUGUGGUGCAGAUUGAUCUUAUUCUAUUUAUUAAUGUAAGAUACAUCAAUUACAUAGUGUUUACUCUUGCCCCGAGAUGUCUAAGUUCCCUUGUUUAUGGCCUCAGGGACCGAAGGUUAUUUGUAAUUUUCAAAUAUUAUGCUGUGUUUGGUUUGUGUAACAAAGCACCUCCUGAUUUGCCAGAUUGAAUUCAAUACUUUAAGGUCCUGAAGAAAUCAUUGCUGCCUGAAUGGAUUAUUGAAUGUUAGGGUGGGGUGAAUUUGUUUUGUGGCCUCCUUUUUUUCAGUGUAAAUAGAAAAAUGGAAAACUUUGGUAAAAAGUCUGGAAGCAAAGUUUCCAGAUGGAUAAGGUAUAACUACAGUAAAUGGCUGUUCCACAAAUAACAUUAAUGAUAAAUGUUCACUAAACAGUGGAAAGACUGAUAUAUUAUGUCAAAAUACAUUAAAACACCUUCCUUUCAGGUACAUCUCUGUAGAUGUAUGCAUUUAUUUGUUACUUUAUGAAGCUGCCCAGUCUGAAUACAGCAACGUCUUAUUAAUUAUUAGUCAUGUACAAUAACUAAGAAAUAAUGUAUACAAACUAAUAGGUACAUAAAAAAAAGACAUUGCCCAUUUUCAGUAUUGAUCAGUAAUGCUUGAGGAUUACUAGAUAAAAAAUGUUCAUUGGACAGGGGAAAACCAAGACUGGUGCAUCAAAAAUAGCUAGGUAAUAUAUAGGUAUAGUAUAAAUAUAUAUGUAUAGCAUCUACUAUCGUAGAUAUCAGUACUUGGCUGCAGCUUAACGAACCACUGCUGAAAUGGACAGUGUUUGUUAUGCGGUGUUUGGCCCUAUGCAGUCCUGAUAACCGACAGAGGACCUGGGCAAAGACCAGAGGCCCUGGUGAGCCUCUCUGGCAGUGAAGCUGCUGGCCGAUAAAAAGGUGAACUUAGGUAGUACAAUUAAUGGCCAUGUUGGGAGCCUGAUUUAAAAAAUCUGCGAGCCUGUGUGUUGGUAAGCAGGGGAACCUCUUCACAACAAUACAUGGGGAUCGCCCAAAGUAUAUCCCUUAAGUCUAACACAUAACAACCAAGUCAUUCACAAGAUACAUACACAACAGGACUAGGGAGAGAGGGGACUGGGUGUGCAUAAUAUUUUAGCCAAUGUCUGUUUGUGUGUGUGUGUGUGUG